AUGCUACCUUCGUUGUCACGGGGCCUCCGCUGCCCGUGCCACCACCACCACCACCCAUUCACGCCGCACGCCCUUUUCGUCUGCAUCCUCCCCUCUUCUAACACCGUCUGCGUGAAUGCGUACAAGCCCACCACCAUCGCCUGCUGCCCGCGCUGCCACACGGGCCUCUGGAACCACUACGCCGACGCCGGCCCCUGCCUCGCCUACCUCCGCGUCGGCACCCUCGACCGCCCCGACCACAUCGACCCCGACGUGCACAUCUUCACGCGCACCCGCCGCCGCUUCGUCGCCCUCGCCGACGGGAAGCCCCAGUUCGAGGGUUACUACCCGGACCGCAACCCCUUCUACCGCCCCGAUGUGCUUGCCCGCGUCGCCGCCCUCGAGGGGAGGCAGGCCGCCUACAAGGCCCAGCUCAUGGCCGCACUGAGUACAUGA